UUGAUACAACAACUAUGAUAGCUGAGGUUCAUAGUUUGGUAUGAAUAUUAGUUCAGAACCUAACGUUUUAGGGUCCAUACACAGAUCGGCUACACACUGUAGCUAGCUACACAUCCAUUGGCAUUCAGUUAUUUUUUAUCCUCCACCACACAAUAAGCAUGCAAAUAGUUAGCGAGCUAUGUUACUGCAGCUGCAUUGCAAGGCAAGCUUACACAAUUGUACAUUCAAUUUGCAGUAAAUGCUUUAGCUAGUUUGAUUCUCCACUGUUUCACAAGAUGACGGACUGGUUUGCUGGUUUUCUCAGGAGUCCCUAAAACAUUAAACAAGACAAAUUACAAAUUCAUUCUCCUGUUAUAAUACUACCUAGCUAGCUGGCAAAUGUUAGCUAGUCAUAACUUGCUAAAUAGCGAUUAGCGAACUCCCCCUUGUGGUGGUCUGGAGCAAUGAAACCAUACCUCUAAGUCACACGGUGCAAGCUCGCAACUUUUAAAGUAGGAACCACUCCAAAAUUAAGGAAAUCGUUGACUAUGUACAGACUCCGUGACCAUAGCCUUGCUAUUGAGAAAGGCCACCGAAAGCAGACCUGGGUCUCAAAAUGAGGUGGAAUCUGAGCUGCACUUCCUAACCUCCUGCCAAAUGUAGGGACCAUAUUAGAGACACAUAUUUCUAUCAGAUUACGCAGACCCACAAAGAAUUCAAAAACAAAUCCAAUUUUGAUAAACUCCAAUAUCUAUUGGGUGAAAUACUAGUGUGCAAUCACAGCAUCAAUAUUUGCGACCUGUUGCCACAAGAAAAGGGCAACCAGUGAAUAACAAACACCAUUGUAAAUACAACUUGCAUUUAUGUUUAUUUAUUUUCCCUUUCGUACUUUAACUAUUUGCACAUCAUUACAUCACUGUAUGUAUACAUAAUAUUUGGAACUUUUUGAAGUGUAAUGUUUACUGUACAUUUAGUUUAGUUUUUUCCACUUUUGUUUAUCUAUUUCACUGGCUUUGGAUUGUAAACAUACGUUUCCUAUGCCAAUAAAGCCCUCGAACUGAAUUAGAGAGAGAGAGAGAGACUGAGUGACUGAGUUUUAGGUGAGAAUCUGAAGUUAGUAACAGGAAAUUAGAUAUAAGCAUCGAGAGAGGGUGACCAAGUUAAAAGGAAGUGUUUAUGUCUGACGCUAGUCAAAGAUGGAUCUAACAAUAGAUAAUACCCAACAUAUGUCCUCUGUCAAUCUAUCUGUUCACAGGCUCAAUGGAACCAGCAAUCAUCCACACAGACAGUGUUGGCUAUACCCUGAUUUUGUUGUCACACAAGUCAAACCCUGGCUCUACCAGGCCCUGUCACUCCUGGGUUUCCUAGCCAACAGCCUGAACUCUGGAGGUCGGUGUGGACCCCCACCAUCAUCCUGACCCUCAACAUGGUGACCUAUGACCUCUUGCUGUGCACCAGCUUCCUGUUCCGGGUGGUAUACCACCAUGCUACCAUGAUAACGGUCUUCUACGUCAACCUCUACUGUAACAUAAUGCUGCUUCUCUGGACCAGUGUGAUGCGCUACGCCACCGUGGUGCGGCCUCGCCCUGCCCUCCUUACUCUCCUCACCAGGUCCAGAGGAUGCUGGGUACUCUGCCUCAUCACCUGGGUAACUGUGGCAACGGUGGUGAGUGCCAGUGUGGUACUUCAGAUCGGAAGAGGAGGAGACAGCUGCUUUGACAUGUUGGAGAAUCACCACAGAGUAGAGUUCAACAACCAACACUGCCUGAGGGUGGUGCUGUUUUUCAUGAUUCUCACCUUUAUUGUGGUCGGCUAUGGGGGACUAGUGUUGUAUCUACAGAGUGUCAGGGGGGCCAGGAACAAACACACCAGUGAAGGAGGGGUGACGGAGGUGGUUGAGUUGCGGGGUGGAAGAGGGGUGUGUGGUGUGUUUAGGGGAGAGGGAGGGCAGGGGGAGAACAAACGGGGUGUAGACUUGGGGGUGCGUUCUGGGGCAGGAGAGAGGCAGGGGGUGAAGGGUGGUAGCCUGAGGGUACGAAGGAAGAUCCUGGCAGCGGUUGUGGUGUUUGUGGCGUGUUUCCUUCCCUACCAUGUCCAGUGUGCAGUGACCCUGCUCUCACCACACGGGGGCGACUGUGAGAAGGGGAAAACAUGAUAGAGUGUGACAAAUGCAACCAUAACCAUAGCAGCGCUGAGCUGUGUUGUACUGAUCUACCAAUAAAUACAUUUUCAACACAACAAUAAGCUUUAUUUUCUCUUCAGCUACAUGAGUGUUUCUCAGCAGAAGUCAGUGGGUGAGUAUUCAGCUUGUAAGGUGGUCAACCAAUGAAUGCAUGCAUGCAAGCACACACACACACACACACACACACACACACACACACACACACACACACACACACACACACACACACACACACACACACACACACACACACACACACACAAA